CCUGGGGGACGCAGGGGUCCGGGCGGCAGAGUGACGGCGCGGCGGGCUGACUGACUGCGGCUGCCUUCGGUCCGGACGCGCGGCGCGGAGCGGAGCGGAGCCAUGGCCUCCGGUGGGUAUAACCCAUAUAUAGAGAUAAUUGAACAACCCAGGCAGCGGGGAAUGCGUUUUCGAUACAAAUGUGAAGGGCGAUCAGCGGGCAGCAUUCCAGGGGAGCACAGCACAGACAACAACCGAACAUACCCGUCUAUCCAGAUUAAGAACUGUUAUGGAAAAGGAAAAGUGAGAAUUACAUUAGUAACAAAGAAUGACCCAUUUAAACCUCAUCCUCAUGAUUUAGUUGGAAAAGACUGCAGAGAUGGCUACUAUGAAGCAGAAUUUGGACAAGAACGCAGGCCUUUAUUUUUUCAAAAUUUGGGUAUUCGAUGUGUAAAGAAAAAAGAAGUAAAAGAAGCUAUUAUUUCAAGAAUAAGGGCAGGAAUCAAUCCUUUCAAUGUCCCUGAACCACAGCUGCUUGAUACUGAAGAUUGCGACCUCAAUGUGGUGAGAUUAUGUUUUCAAGUUUUCCUCUAUGAUGAACAUGGUAAUUUGACGACUACUCUACCUCCUGUUGUGUCUAACCCAAUUUAUGACAACCGUGCUCCUAAUACUGCAGAAUUAAGGAUUUGUCGUGUAAACAAGAACUGUGGAAGUGUCAGAGGAGGAGAUGAAAUAUUUCUGCUCUGUGACAAAGUUCAGAAAGAUGACAUAGAGGUUCGGUUUGCGUUGAACGACUGGGAAGCUAAAGGCAUCUUUUCACAAGCUGAUGUGCACCGCCAGGUGGCCAUUGUUUUCAAGACCCCACCGUAUUGCAAAGUGAUCACGGAGCCCGUGACAGUGAAGAUGCAGUUGCGGAGACCUUCUGACCAGGAAGUUAGUGAGUCGAUGGAUUUCAGAUAUCUGCCAGAUGAAAAAGAUACUUAUGGCAAUAAAGCAAAGAAACAAAAAACAAGUCUCCUUUUCCAGAAACUGUGGCAGGAUUGUGCAGUUAAUUUUCCUGAAAGACCUAGACCUGGUCCCCUAGGAUCAACUGGAGAAGGAAGAUUCAUUAAAAAAGAAUCAAACUCGUUUCCUCAUGGUGCAGUUUUGAAUGAAAUGCUCCGGCCUGCAGGGGUCUCGAGCCAAGCAGAAUCUUACUACUCGUCAUCUGUGUCCAUCUCAAGUGCCAUGCCACAUCAUGCCUCAGCCAUGCCCCCAAUGGUACCUCAGCCUUCUUCACACUGGUCCUCAGAGCCCCACCCCCCCUCGUGCUCAGUCAGUACAAAUCCACUGAGUAGUUUUGCAACAGGGACAAUUUCCUCUAAUUCAAGAUUCCCAGAAAUGCAUGUUGUGAAUGACUUGCAUGCUUCUAAUGCUUGUAUUUAUAACAGUACUAAUGACAUAGGCCGAAUGGAAACAUCAUCCCUGUCAUCAGCUGACUUCUGUGGUUUUUCCGGUGCCAACAUGCUGCAGAAUUGCCCUGUCAAUAUAUCCAAUAAUGACAGCAUGAGAGAGACUGACAAUUCGGGAUUUACGAGAAUGAAUAUGGGAAGCCCUUCAUGCAACUCGGUGUUAGACCAAAGGGAUUUGAGACAGUUCCAUCAGAUGUCCUCUUCCAGCGUGCCAGCAGGCGCCAGUUCCGGUACCACUGCAUUCGCGUCACAGUCGGAUGCAUUUGAGGGAUCCGACUUCAGUUGUGCAGAGAACAGCAUGCUGAACGAGUCAGGGCCUUUGAAUGGUACUAAUCCAAACGGUCAUGGUUUUGCUCAAAGUCAGUAUUCAGGUAUUGGCACUAUGCAGAAUGAGCAGUUGAGCGACCAGUAUACAUUUGAAUAUUUUACGGAUAACUUGCAAGACUUAAAUGAUGGUUCAAGCUUUAAAUCCUUUUAAAUGUUAGCAAUCAUUUUGGUAUUACCCACAUAGAAUUAACAUUUUCUAUUUCUCCCACCAUAUGUAGGAGAUUUCUUUGAUAGGCUCUCUUGGCUCUGGAGCUCCUCCAAGAAGUAGAAGAGAGGGAUGAACUCAUUUCCCAACUUCGGGAAGAGCUGCAAAAAGCCCCAAGACUUUGCUUCAAGAGUAAACAAAUCCACACCACUUGAUCUCUAGGCUAUGAUGUCCCCUGGAAUCCUAUGUGCACCCCACAUAGUUUAUUUAAACUAGUAAAUAUUUCAGUCUAGGUUAGAUCAUUACUUGACCAUUAGAAGUGUAUAAUGAAUCUGUGACAUGUUAAAUAUUAAAUAAAAUCAAUUUUUCAACUAAAAAAAAAAACCCACACCUUUGGGUAUGGAGAAUACAAAGUUGGAAAUUGCCAGAAAAGGAACAUUCCAAAGUAGACAUUUAAAAGGUUUUAGUGUUUCCCCUUUUGAAGCAUGUGGCCUGAUACUGUGUAUGGUGGGAGUUCUGGCUUUAGAGUCCCACCACGUUUCCACAGAACAGAGCAAAGAGAACAUUGGGGCACAGCUCCAGUUUUUACAAACUUUUUAAUAUUUCUUUUGUUAUGUAUUAAUGUAUUCCUAGUUAAAUGAAUUAACCGAUAUUUGCUUUUAAGCAAAUUUAAGGUAAAACCUGUAAUGGCUAUGUCAUUGGAAAAAUUAAUUUCUUAUUAUUUUUUGAGGCCCAUGGGCCAAGGUGACCCCUAAGGGGUUUUUCUGAGGCUUUUUGGAGUUUCUUGGAUUUAUAUGCAAAUCAAAAUUUCUUUAAAAUGCUAAGUUGGACAGAAGGGUGCAUUUAAGGAAUGGGAGGUUCUCUACUUUUUGGAUUAUUUAAACCCAUAUCUAAAUUGCUUGUGAUUUUAGGUUUACACCUAUGUUCUUAAGGGGAAGAAAUUUCUUUGGACCUCUUAUGUGUCCUCACUGUGAGUUCAUCCAAUUUCAUGCCGUCAACUCUGAGAUUUUACCCCUAGUUUAGACCUGUCCUCUGAACAGCAGAUUUGGAGUUUACCCAUAUGUGUGUAAAACUGCUUAUUUAACAUCUAUACCUAGAAAUCUAAUUAAAGAUCAAACCCAACACAUUCUUGAUCUCCCCUCCCAAACGUGCUUCUCUUUUAGUCUUCACCCAUCUCAGUAAAUGGCAAUGCCAUGCCUCUGGUUGCUCAGGUCCAGGUCUAUGGACUCGACCUUGAUUCUUUUUUCCUUUUAUCUCCCCUAUCCAAAUCUGUCAGCAAAUCUGGUAGGGCCUACCUUCAGAAUACAUCCAAAGCUGGCCCCCUCUUUUGACCUCUACCAUUAACAUCCUGUUCCAAGCAACCAUCAUCUCUGGCCUGGAUUGAAGCUAUUUCCUCCAAAAACCCUCUUUAUUUCCUUGAGUCCCUACAGUCUAUUCUCCAUAAAGUAGCCAGAAUGAUUAUUUUUAAGCCACAUCAAAUCAUCUCAUUUAACUGCCCAAAACCAUCCGAUGGCUUCCCAUCUCAGAGUGGACACCAAGGUCCUUAAGGUGAGCAGGCCCCGCUCCCUCUCCUACCUCAUCUACCACCAUUUCCCCUGCCAUUCAGCUCCAGGUGCUCUGGCCUCAGUGCUCCUCUUCGAGUACACUCCUGCCUUACGGUCUUUGUACUUGUUCUUUCUGCCUGGAAUGGUUUUCUCUCCGAUACAUGCAGGACCACCCUCCUUACACCCUUCUCACUCCACGUUACCUGCUCAAAAAAGCCUUCUUUGACACUAUAACUAGUUACCAGCACAUCACGUCCCUUCCUUUAUCUUUUCCCAUAACCUUAUCUAAGCAUUCAUUUGUUUACUAUUUGUUUUCUUGUGCUGGAACAUAAGCUCCUUGAGGGAAGAAAUACUUGUUUUGUUCGUAGAAUACACAGUUUGUAGAACAGUGUCUGCCUCAGAUUAAGUGAUCAGUAAGCCCUAAGUACUACUGAUACAACUCUGUUUUUUGAAAUAAAGAAUAGCUUUAAUUAUUAGAUGCUCAUGGUUUUCAUAGUGCCGUUUAGUGUGACAUCAGGUUUCUAUCAGAAUCCUGUACAUUUAAGACAACAAUUAAUUAAUGGUAAUCCAAAUAGUUGGAAGGCAAAGUGUAAUUGUGAUGGAAUUGUCAUGAUGCUAAGUAACCAACUUAUUCAAGACCUAGUUUAUUUUAUAACUAGAACCUACCAUAAAUGUUGAGCAUAUUCCUAGCUAGAAACAUGUCAUUUUGUUAGAGAAUAGUAAGAAGCUAGGAAAAUUCCAGGACAAGCAGAAUUUGGAAACUCACUUUGCAGCCACCUAGUAAAUCCUGUUUUCCCUCAGCCAAGGAUACUUAAGAGUAAAUGGUUUGCACAUCUCCUCCCCAACUGGAAGGUAAAUAGCUUAAAUCACCCUACUCAGGGAGACAUAACAGAAACCCAGUUAGUGCCAUUUGCCAACCACACCCAAGGACAGACAAUUUAAGAGAAUAAAUCUUCCCCCUCAGGAAGACAAGAACUGAGGUCUCGUCGUCUCAUGGUUAAUAAUUUCACUAACAUAGCAUCCAACCAAACCAUAAAACUACUGGAACAAUUAAAACUAGUCAAUUUGGUCAAAAUAGAGAAUGUGAGAAUGUCAUAUAAAUAAAAAUUCUGAGUUGAAUGAUACUGGGAAAUGGUAAUGGUAAUAUAAAGGUUGAGAUAUUUAGGAAGAAAAAGAUUAAUGAUUAAAAAGAUUAAAGCUAAGUACCAUUAAUGUUUCUCAAAAAUGAUGAUUUCAAAAUGAAACAUUCUUGUUAUUAUAAUUUUAAAAAUCAUAAGCACAUAACAUACUUCUUUAGAACAUACCAAGAGAAAUAAAAACCUGAAGGCAUAAUUUCUUACCUAUUCAAAAUAUGAACCCAAGAUAUUUCCAGAUAGUGGUUGAUAGGUGGUACACUUUUUUAAAAAUAUAGAAUCCUCUAGUUGUGUGUUAAUUAGCAUUGAUCAGCUUAAACAACUGUUAGAAAACCUAAAUGGAUUUUUUAAAUUAAAUAAGCAGUUGACUCGCAGUUUUUUUCUGUGUAAGCCAAAGUAAGGUACUGCUACAUCUGUGUUGAGAUGGAUUUUUUAUUUUUCAUGUGCCAUUUACUGGUCAUAGGAUUUAUUUUAUGAUUUAAAAAGAAUUUUAUCUCUAAAUGUGUUCACACUUUCACCUGUUCUUGUAACCCCCCACUCUUAGCUUCUGAGGAAAAGGUGACCUUUCUAACCUCUACUGAUACACUGGAUUCCCCCCCCCCUUCUCUCCAAUCCCUCUCCUGUUUCUUUAUCCUCACAUCAGCAUUUAGUGCCUCUUUUUUUGUAUAAUAAACAUAAUAAAAGUCUUCUUUAGCUUAAAAGGAAAGAAACAAACCUCUUCUGCUACCCUCAUGCUCCUUCCCUUCACAUCCAGACUCACAACAUGCUUUCGGUCUCCAUGUCCUCAUUCCCGGUCAUUCCUUACCCUCUCCUCUCUCACUUUACCUCCUACUAUUUUCUUCUGCUGUUCUGUGGAAAGUGACCUGGGACACCUCCCUUGUUAAACCUAGUAUCUUUGUAUCCAUCUACUUACCUUUGUAUGUUUGGACUGUCUGUAACCUUCCAUCCCCUGGAGCACUCCCUCCUUGGGUACUCCUCCAAAGAUUCUGUGGUAGAGAACAUUCUUCUCUGAGGUUGAUUUUUUUCUCUGAGUCUCAACCCUGGGCCCUCAGUUGGUGCUAUUUUUCCCCCAGGGUGACCUUGUCGGUGCCCACUCCAGCUUUCUCUGAGGCUAUCUGAAUGCCUUUAGAACUGGUUCUUCCUUUGGCUACUCUAGUGGCAUUACCAUUUACCCUGCCAUCUAAGAUACUUAAACGAAACCUCAAAACCUCACAUUCUUCCUUAGUCAUCAAGUCCUUUUGAAUCUGCCUCCCCCAAAUCUCUUGCAUUUGUCCCUCAGUUGCCGCUGAGUUCUUAGUGUAGGCCUUCCUUCUUUUUCCCCCAACAAGAAUAUCUUUUCCAUAUGCUCCAGUUAAAAAUAACACCCCAGCUCUAGCCGGUUUGGCCCAAUGGGUAGAGCCUUCAGUCCGAGGAUUCGAUUACAGUCAAGGGCACGUACCUCGGUUGCAGGCUCGAUCCCCACCCUGGUUGGGGUGCUUGCAGGAAGCAACAAAUGGAUGUGUCUCUCUCACAUUGAUGUUCCUGUCUUCCCCUCCCACUCUCUAAAAAAAAAAAUCAUUGAAAAAAUGCCCUUGGGUGAGGAUUAACAAAAAAAAUAUACCACCUCAUCCCCCCUUAUCCCUUAUUGUCAUUCUUUGAAAAAAAAAACUCUGGGCAUCCAUUGCCUUUCAUGUAUUAUAUACUCUACCUGUAUUGUUCAACCACAACACAUCGUCUUUAAGACUAGGCUUCUCUGUGAAACUUGAGCCUGCCCCCCUAGCUGAGGUACAACUGUACAUUGCCCCUGUUGGAGAACUCCUCACUGAAUUGUAGUCACUUAAGGUUUGUCUCAUUCAUCUUUGGGAUUCUUUCCCUUAGCAUAAUCCCUGGCAUAGUUGGUGCUGAAUAAAUGGUAGCUAUUACUAGAGAGUUAAAUUGUUUUAUUGCUUAAAGUAUUACAAAGAGUAUUACAUAUGUCUCCUUUUUUUCCCUCGCCCUUGACAAUCCCCUGGCCUCCCCUACCCCCCAGUGUCUUAUGUCCAUUGGUUAUGCUUAUAUGCAUGCAUACAACUCCUUCGGUAAGGAUGGGGUUCUUAAAGGAAAAGGUACUUAACCUGACAAGAAAAGCAUUGAUGCCAAGAUUUUCAAGUUUGUGAAACACUUUACCCUCUGCCUCCCAUGUUAUUAGCUGUAUUAGGUAGAAAUUUUACAGUUAUUAGGAUUGUCUCAUAUGUCUGACUUGGCGGCUUCUCUCUACUGUAUGUGAGGGGUUUAACCUCAGUCCUCCGUGCAUUUCCUGGACACCUUACCAUUGCACAGACACUGGGGUCUUCAUGUAAUCAAAUCACAUAUCACACUUUUUUUUAAUAUAUAUUUUAUUGAUUUUUCACAGAGGGAUAGAGUUAGAAACAUCGAUGAGAGAGAAACAUCGAUCAGCUGCCUCCUGCACACACCCUACUGGGUAUGUGCCCGCAACCAAGCCGGAAUCGAACCCAGGACCCUUGAGUCCGAAGACCGACGCUUUAUCCACUGAGCCAAACCGGCUAGGGCACAUGUCACACUUUUUAAUGUCUAAUGUACAAAGCACCAUGUUUGGUUCUGGAAAUGAUAUAGAGGUGAAUGAGGCAAAACUCUUUCUCAAAGAGGUCAGUCUUUUUCUUUUGAGGGAAAACAUCUACGGUAAAGUGCAUAAAGUGGAUUAAUUUUAAGUGAACAGCUUGAGUAUUUACAUACAUAGACAGUCAUUUCCAGCACCCCAUAAGUUUCCUUCAUGCCCAUUGCCAAUCUACCUACUCCUCAAAAGCCCUCUUCUGAUUUCCAUCAUCAGCACCUAUCUUAAUAGCCUUUUAAAGUAGUCACUGGGCCUCUCUACUCAGAACCUUGCUGAACAGACACAGUUGGAUUGUCAAUUUCUAACCUGAUACUUCAGAAAAACUAAUUAUACUAGUACUCCAUGUUAAAGACUUGGAAUUGGUGAUCUAGGCUGCCUAGUAGCACCAACUAAGUUGUUAUAAAUUGAUUUAUUGAGGGAUUAAAGAAAUGUCCAUGGGAUGUUUAAAUAGCAUGGAGAAAUGGAAAGGAUGGGGAAUUUUUAGUCAGACAUCUGGGUUUUAAUCUUCAGCUCUGCCACUUAAAAGCUGUGUGAUAUUUAACAAAUCACACCUUUUGUGAGCCUGUCUCUUCAGAUAUAAAAUUGCAGGUAAUGCCCAGCCUACCUACCUCACAAGGUAUGUUGUAUUAAGUAAAAUAACGCGUAAGAAACACUGUAAAGUGUAUAGUACGAAUCAAAUACUGUUAAACCAUCCGUAUAUGUCCUGGGUCCCUGGUUAAUCCCUAGUCCAAACGCUCCUUCCAGUGGCAGAGUGAGAAAAACCACCAUGGGUUAGAUUUCCAUAAUAGGCAUCCUGAAACCGGUUUCUGUUUAGAGUGGCCAGCUGCUGCCCACUUCUGGAGGUAUUCAUUCGACUUUAUUCUUUCCAGAGCCAUUUCCAAUUGUAUAGCAAAGGUAGGUCAAUUAAAGACUUCCAGUCCUGAAAUUCUGUGACUUUCUUCCUAAAAAGAGGUCUCAUCAUAGCUAAUGAAGUUACCACUUUAAGAUUCCUUUCCUGUUUUGUUUAAGUAUGGGGCAAAAUUAGGAUGUUUAUAAACAAUUAUUUUUUCUAAAUAUUUUUAAAUAUUUUUUUUCUAUCCUAAAUGUCUAUGACUUUAGGGAAAAGAUACCACCUGCUAUUAAUUACCUGUUUAAAAGGAGUGGAAUUUAUCAUAUUCUAGUCAUCUUAAUCACCUGCUUCUACAACUUCAGUUUACUAUUGGACUUUCAAAAAUUUAAAGAGUUACAAAAAAGAUUCAUUAAACACCUCUCUAUGAACAAUAAUUAGUACAAAUUGUUGGUGCUUCAACAAAUUGAGUUUUCAGAGAUAUCAGCAGGUAAAUAAAAUACAAAUUGGUAAAAGUAUCAAGUGUUUAUCUUGCCUAUUUUCCUUCUUAAACUUUAUUAUCUAGUCAAACCAUUAUAACUUUGUAUAACGUGUAGUAAGAAUUAGAUGAGGUUGGAGUAUUUGGGGAUCCAUAUGUGGAAUUCAGUCUCAGGAGACUUCAUUGAUGACACAGUUGAGGUAGCUUUAAGAGGAAAUGGAAAGGACACACAACAAGAUUUUUAGGAAAUGGACAUUCUUAAAUGCAUGGUUCAGACCACAUGCACCCUUUAGAAAUUAUAUCUGUUUUAAAAGAAUGUACUUACAAAUGCUUUUGAUUAUGAGGAAUCCACUAUUACAUUUUUUACUGUUAUAAUUUUUACAAGUUCUCAGGCACUGUUGAAUUAUUUAAUUGUUAAGUGUGAUGUCAAGAUGCAGUUAUUUUAAAACAGGAAUAUUUUCUUUUAUUGUACAGAAUGUUGUCUUUGUAAUAUCUUUGUAUACAGUAAUUUUUUUCUUGGUAAUAUAAUAAAUGGAAAAAAUUCUAAAACCCUUACUAAAA